AUGGCUCUUCCUCCCGAGCAAAUUAACAUCAAGCGCCGCCGCGAAGAGGAACCGGUGGAAACACUUUAUAUACAAUCUUCGUUGCACCAGACUAAGCGUCGUUUCACGGAUUUUGUCUUUCAGAGAGUCACCAUCAGCAGUAAAGAUGCUGUCCAAGAAUCAGAGUCCGAUUCUCCGGCUCCAGUCCACCCGGCUACCCAGAGACUGCUGCGUAGUCCUCGGUCUGUGAGCAGCCUGCAUGUGCCCCAUCGCCGCACUGCACCGGUCACCUCUUCUAGUGGUGUCCCUUUGGUUCGGGCUACUUCACCCGGCGCCGAGAUCCGCGAAGCCCAGCGCAUGGCUGCUGCAAAGAAGGAAGCCGAGGAGAAGCGCAGACGAGCGCUGCAACCUCCGCAGGCUGGACCCGAAACUGCCACUCAUGCGAACAUCUCAUCGGUAGUCGAUCUAGCAGAGCAAGAUGUAGCCUCUAGAACGUCCUCGCCGAGCCGUACGAGUUCUUUGCGCCGAUUUCAGAUCUCUCGGUCCAGCAGCACAAGCCUGGGCUCUCUUCGCGGUUUCAAUGGCGGCAUUCAGAAGCGUCGGGCAGAUGGCGCGACGCCAGGCGUUGCUGUUUUGGUUGAACAGCUGCGGCGCCAACCACACUCUCGACAAGCAUCGAUGGUGGCCGACCUGGUCGAACAGACACGUACAGAGGGACAGGACAUCACUAUUAAGUCAGUAGAGCGACCAGCAUCGCCAGUCAAGCCCAGAAAGCGUCCCGUUGUGAAUCAAGCCGAAAAACGGUGGCGUGAAGAACGCAAAAGCGUAAUCACGGCCGCAAAGCACCACCUCUCCCAGACGCUGGAGAAAUCUGCGAACGCCCACCAGAGCACUUGGGAUGAAGAAUCAGAACGUCUCGCGAAGGAAUUUGAACAGGUCGCCUUGGAGAUUGAACAAGACAUGGAAAUUGAUGCUCACGAGACAGAAGUUACCUCAGCCCCUCCGAAUUUCCAGCGCAAACCUGUCUCUCCCCCGAAGCCGAUGAAAUAUCAGCCUCGACCACCGAGGCAGCCCUAUGUUGCGGCACAGCAGUCCUCAAGAGAUCGUGUAGAGGUUCAAAUGGGAGACGUUGGCCCUGGCGCGGACCCGGCGGUGGCGGACGACAGCGAGGAUGAUUACGUCUACGACGUGUAUAUUCGGCGUCCCUUGGCCGAAAGUGAUAUGCUUACAAACCCAUUGGCCGAGUUCGAGUCCGAGCAACAAAUGAAGCAGUUUGAGGCGUCCAAUCGGGGCAUUGGUGUCAUCGUGAUCACUGCAGAGGACGAAGAAUAUUGGGAGCACUUUGUUGAGGAUGACGAAGAGGAGUGGGAUAGUGAGGAUGCUGACUCGAAUGCCGAGAAUAAUCCCGCCAAUGACUAUCCAGAUGAGGAACUCUCUUCCUCGGAUGAAGAUGACGAUCCCUCUGCCAUAUAUGCGAAGUAUCGACGUCAUGGGGCAUCUGACGAUGAGGAGUUUGAUUUCGACGACUCUGACAGCGAAGGCGCCCGGUAUGGAUCUGGAUUUGGAUAUGGGCAACGAUAUGGCAGGGAUGUGGAUUCUGAUGGCGAUAGCGUCUGA